AUGGAAAAAUCACAAAAUAUAUCAGAUAUUGAACAAACAAAAUUAUUUUCUAUUAUUCAACAACGUUCACUUGAGCGUGAAAUUGAUCUUUUUGAUAAUUCAGAUGAAGGAAUUAAAGGUCAUAUGGAAAAUCUUAAAUUAAAAUGUGAUAAUAAAAAUAUUGAACUUGAAUUUGAAUUAUUACGUUUACGUGAACGUUAUAAUGAGUUAAUUGAACAUACAAAUACACUUAAAUAUGAAUUAAUUAAUGCACAAAAACAAUUACAUGAAAAAGAAAAAAUUGAAUCAAAUUUAAAUGUUGAUUUGGAAAAAGAACGACGACGUGCAGAUGAAUUUGAAAAUGAUUAUAAAUCUUUAAAAAUAAAAUAUGAUGAUGUAUGUGAACGUAUUCGUAUAGCUACACAUCAAUUAGAACAUGUACAAAUUGUACUUGAAGAAACAUCACGUCGUUGUGAACAAUUGGAAAAAGAAAAGUCUGAAAUUAAUGCUCAAUCUGAAUAUCUUUCACAAAAUGUUCUUAAUGUAACAUCAAAAUAUAAAGAUAAAUUAAAUAUAAUUAAAGUUCGUUUAGAACAAGCAGAACGUGAAAGACGUGAAGUACAACUUCGUAAUGAAAAAUUUCAAAAUGAUAGACAACCAUUUGACAUAAAAAAUGAUACAAAUGAUGUUGAUAUUUAUUAUACAUUAGAUGGUUCAAAACCAGAUGCAUUUAUAACAUUAGCAACACGACGUUCGACUAUACAAUAUAAAAAACCAUUUUAUAUACCAAGAGAUAUAGCUAAUACAGGCAUCACGUGA